AUGGGAAACACGGGCGGUACCCGAAGACGUAAUAGAAGACCUGUCGUUUUGGUUAACAACCCUGAACGACUAUUCGAGUACCAGGCUGUGCCCUUUGGUAGACCCUACCAAGAUAAAUUGGGUAGGCAACGUGUCGACAGGGUUCGGAAUAGGGGCUCUCAUUGGAAGACGGUGGUCUCAACUUUGCCUGAAAGAAGAUUGGUCGGACACGGAUCAAAAAAGAACAAUCACGUGGCUGGAAACAGUAGCCAUCUGGGUAGGAUCCUAAUGUUGUUGUCCAUAGGCACGGACAUGAAGGGUCGAAACUUCAUAGUUUGGACGGAUAAUAAAACGACAGAGAGCGCACUCCGUUCGAGAAAAUCAAAAGAUUUCCAUUCAAACAAUGAGUGGAAGCAAAUUCAAAAAUUACUGAUACUGGAAGAUCUAGACAUCACCCCUUUGAGGGUGUCCUUGGCUGAAAAUAUCUCCAACGGCUUAUCAAGAGGGGUCCAAAGACCCCAUAUAGCGGAAAACAGGGUCUGGUUGAACAUCCCAGAUGACCUGUCCACAUUUAUGAUCCAUGCAUAG